AUUUUUUUAAGUUCCUAAGUUUGCUGACUGAACCUGCAGGCCAAUAUUUAGACAACAGACCCAAAUACAUAUUUGCAAAGUGAAUACACUACAUCUAUCUUUAAUACGCAAGGUACACCUGGUUAAUCUUCUUUCAGGUAAAAAAUUCCAAAGAACAAAAAUUAGCCUUACAGAUCUAGUUUAUUUUAAUAGAAGACCCAUUGCUUUAGAAUGACAGCGAUGCAAAAUAACAAAUGGAUCACGUAGCUGUCAUUUCCAGUGUACCACACCUCUAAAUCCAGCAGGGGGCGCUUCCGACUAAUCAUGGAAAUGCUCACAUUCACACACAAUCUGUGUCGCCCCGUAGCGUUCACUAACAAGUUCUUCAGCUUCUCUACACCAACUCAUACUGACAUUUUUACACCGUUUCCAAUGAGCUGGACUGUCAGUGACCCAUUGUCUAAUAUAUGUCUGUAUGUACAAAUAGGAAUGUGGGAAAUAAUCCAGUUAUUUUUUCCAUGUGAAACUAGAAAAAGAAACUGCAUUCCCUAAUUUCGGAGAGCUGCUUGUGGGAAACUGACUUAAGUGAUUGUUUUACAACACRUAUCAGAGAUAACAGCUGAUUUAAUGUUGGCACACAGAUCAGAUUGCAUCUUCCUGUAAGUGCCAUUUUACAGCUCCUCAUGUUCAAAAUGAAGCUGAAGUACAAAGUGCAGUGCUUCCCUAUCACUCUUCUAUUUUAUUGGUGUUCAACUGCUGCAUUUUUAUAGAUUACAGAUGUAGGAUAAAGAUUAUUAGUCACCACUGAAGUAAUUAAAUUCUACUUUGAGUAAAAGCUGUAGCAAACUGUAGCACCACACGCACUAARUCCUGUUUAAAUACAUCCUCRUACUUGUGUAUUUUAAAAAUGUAAAACACAAAUKAAACGCAUGUUAAUAAUGUUUUUUACAUACUUAUAUACUUAAAUUUUCAGAAUGAUACCUUUAUAAGUACCGGUCAUUUCAAAAUGUCUUCCAAAAAUAGUGACAAACAUUGUGGCUUUUUACACUUUCCCCUCUGAUAGAGGGGGGAAAAAAGUAAAAUAAAAAAAUCGCACAUAACCUGAUUGCAUCAGUGUGCACUUCCUUAAUCCAACUUUAUUGAUGUACCUUUUUAAUMAUUUGCUUUUCUUUAGUUGGAGUUUAUCAGAAUCCCACAUUUGCGAUUAAUAAUGYGUGUCAACUUCAUUUUGGAUAUCCUAUCAGAUUUUGAGGACUACAAGUGACUCUACAAUUUUCCUUUAAUUUCCUCCUCACAAAGACAUUCUGUUAUUGAUUUUGGCAGAUGCUUGGAGUCACUACAAYGUYGAAAUGCAAAAUCUGCCUCCAUCUUUAGAUUUCUAGAUGCUACCAAUAGGUUUUGGGUCAAAACUGRCYGGUGUUUCGAUCUGUUUACAUGUUCAUUAAUAUUGAKAAAUGACUUGCUUCAUCUGAAAAGUAAACCCAGCAUGAUGAGGAAGCUGUCACCAUAUUUCACUGUGAGUAAGAACAGUGCACACUUCUGUUAGUGAUGUUCCGGGUUAUUUAUCUCUUUAUAUACAAGAUUAAAAGUUCUAGCUUGGUUCCGUCAAACCGUAAUGUUUUGCCUUUUAGUAGGCUUUUGUUUUCUUUAGUAGAAAACAUAUUCUGUCCAUCAACUCUAUCCCAGAAUAUGGAGAURGUUUCACAUUGAAUAGACUUAAUUAAAAAUGUGAAAGUUGCUCUUUAAAAACUCUACUUUCRGGAUUUUGUUGCCCWGAUAUAACUGUAAACUGUCAGCAAUCUAAAUUACAUCUAUAUAGUCUGUCAUUAUUCAGAAGGCAGCCGCAUGUGGUGUUUAAUUUUCCCCUCACAUGACACGAGUAGAGCGGCAGUAAGUGACUGCAUGUUAUUCAGCCCAGCCUCAUUGUUCCAGGCAGCCUGUGACGUUGCUUUGUGUCGGAGGAAGGAGGGAGGGACGCCCGGGUUAGAGAGUUGAUGUUCCCAGGCAAGCAGCACGCAGCAGACUCACCUUUCCACAGGCCGGUUCUCUGCAUUGUUCAGUUUCUCCUGGAAAUUAAACAACUUCGAGACUUUUUCCCAGACUUUCACCCGGUCGGUCCACUUGCUGCUCUCUGCGGCCACACUUCAACACGGCGGCGGAGUCGAGGUGCAGCAGCUGUAGGGAUCAAUCUGAGAAGUAAAUGGUGUGAAAGUGGAGUACAACAGGAUUAUCAUCUGACGUCACCUUAAAGGAACCCGAAGCGAUCAGGCUGUAAGAUUACACGUUCUCAGAUGUCUGCUGCACUGUAAUAAUGCCUUUGAGGUUACAAUGUCUACGCUGAAGCACGUUAUUCUGCAGGACAAAGACCAGGACAAUGAGAAGAAGCUGGACUGGAGUUAUAUCAACGAAUGGGCCGAGAAUGAAGUCGUCACAACGGGAUCGUCGGACAUGGAGACCCAAACGGACUCAGGGUCUUUCGAGCACAAGGAGUGUCAGACCUGCAGCCCGGUCAUAAUGCAYAUAGAUCUCACACGGACGCACUCCAAGCUGAGACACCUGUCGCUGGUGGACACUGAGGGACAGCUGGCACCUUUGUUCCARUUUGACCGCCAGGCUCCUGGACGCAUCUCUACGUCUCCCACCUUGAGGAGGAUGAGGAGCACCAGACGUCCUGUGAUUGACACUCGAGAAUUGGGCCGCAUGGAGAGCACUCAGGAGGAGCCGUGCCCUGGAAGCCCUCUGUCCCCUGUGCAGAGAGUCAAAUCACCUUUAGCAACAACCCCCUCCUCUGAUGGAGAGAACUGUCAGGAACCUCAGUCCRUUUCACUCUCUGGGCGACAGAGAACCAGWUCGCGUAGAUCAAAGACUUUUGAAAACGGUGUCAAUUCCCCAAAAUGGGAAUGCAACAGGGCUCAUUCUGCUCUAAUGAAAGAGUCUCAGUUUUCUGAUGUAGAAGUGCAGGAGAGGGAACGGUGUCAUCCAAGGCUUCAGGAGAGGAGGCGGAGCUCAGUGGUGGUCAGUUUACCUGGACUCGAUGUCUCACCAGGAGACCUGUUUGUGUCCAACGGAGCGGCGGACAUGAUCAAUGAUUCAAAUCUCGCUGAUGCAAAGAAAUCAAAGUGGCCCUUUUUGAGGCGCAGUACGACUAAAGGGAAAUUGCAGGUGGGCACAGUAUCAGAUAUUGAAAAAUACCUUUCAGCGGUGCAGAUUCAAGACUGGAGAAACMCAGACUUUCAGAAGUAUAAGGACUUUUCUCUGGCUGAGUUCCUCCAGGAUCAGUCCUCGCAGGUGGGCGUCACCUCUGACCCUCAGGGUCGAAAGAGACAAGAGGCCAUCUGGGAACUCUUCACCAGCGAGUGUGUUUACUUCCUGGAUCAGCUCAUGGUUCUCAAAGAGGUGUUUUCAGCCACACUCAUGAACCUGCAGCAGAACAACUGCCUCACGGAUGUUGACUCAUGGAGCCUGUUUGCAAAYCUGAAUGAACUUUGCCUGGUCAGCUUUAGUUUCCUAAACAAACUCUUGCAUGUCAUCAAGAACUUGUUGAGUAUUACCCAGGGGGACGGGCCUACCCUGUUGGAGCUGCUGAGCAAGGUUUUUGAGGAGAGCAUAUGUCACUGUCUGGAGAAGUACUGCCUCAACUACUCAGCAGCGCUGCUUUAUCUGCACAACCUGAUGCCCAGGGAGGACUUCGGGCCAUAYGUAAAGUGGUGUGAGAGGAGCAAACAGUGCCGGAGGCUGCAGCUACGCGACCUGCUGGUGGCGCCUCUGCAGCGGCUAACCCGAUACCCGCUGCUGCUGAGGAACAUCGCAAAGAGAUGUCAGGUGUUGGAGGAAAGCAGGGAGCUGCAGGUUAUAGCUGACAAAGUGGACAAGUCCAUAUGUGAGCAGCACAGUCUGAAACAUCUCCUGAAGGCCGUCACUCUGGACAAUCUGAUUUCCCACAGAAGUCUGCUGCACGAAGGGAAACUGGUGCUCACAGAGAACACAAAGCUCAUCGAUGUUUAUCUGUUCCUGUUUGAUGAAUUCCUGCUGAUCACAAAGAUAAAGAGAAGCAAGAAGAGGUCUGUCAGUUCUGAGCAGAACCACCUGAGGCUGCAGCAGAACCUGGAGCUGAACCAGCUGCURAAGGAGGGCUGCACCUUCACGGUUCUCGAUCAGCCCAUCUCUCUGGAUCGACUGCAGCUCAGGAACAUUGAUCAGCUAAAUGCCUCCACAUCGGGGCUGCCACAUUCUUUCAUCAUAAUGCACCACAACCGGUACCAACAGUGCAUCGGUGCGUUCAUCCUUCAAGCUGCGUCAGAGUCUGCCAAGAGGGAAUGGAUGACGAAGUUGGAGGGCGCUGCGGCGGCGCUGCUGAAGCUGGACUCUCAGCAGCCGCGAGUCAAGAGCUCCUCCCUGUGGCUGGAGUCCUCCCAGAUCUGAUCYCAUCCAGUGGCACUUCAAGCCACUGGAAAUGAUGUCAAUGUGCACUUCACUGUCCCUAGGAGUCCGUCACAAUGACUGCUCAAACACUAGGAUUAUUUUGUAAAUUCUGUGUGCCUUUUAAAGGCAGCUAAUGCGUUAGUGUACAAUAAAUUCUUAUGACUUAUUUGGUUAAUUUUUUUUUUCUCA